UAUAUUAGAUGUGUUCAAUAAACAUUUUAAGAAAAUUAUAUCAUAUCAUAUGUAGUUUUUGUGAUAUUUCUGUAUAGUGUAUUUUAAAAUGAGUUGGAAAAUUAAGGCAUGCUGUGUUUGUUUCCCUCUGCGAACAGGUUUAUUCGUUUGGGGAUAUUUCGCGAUUAUUUUAAGUUACAUCACGGUCCUCCGUAUGCUCUUCAGGAUUCAGGAUAUUCUAGAAGUAUAUAAUCAUUUCGACCCGCUAUCGUUUAUAGAGAUAUCUAUAUUACUGGGAAUAUCUAUUAUACAUUUUCUAUUUUACAUCGUGUUCGUAACAGGUCUACAUAAAAAUAGUCGAGGCUGCUUAGAGAUAUUCUACGGGUACAACGUUAUAACAAUAAUAGGAUUGAUUAUCAUAAUUUCUCUGUAUUUGCCAGUACAGGCGUAUAGAAUACACCGUCUAUUUCCGAGUAAUGUCUGGAUCUUCGUCGUGGUCGGUAUAUUUUCAACGGGUAUUAUUUUACUAUUUCAACUUUAUCUCACGAUAGCUGUACGGAGCCUCAUUUCGGAACUGGAAGACGAAAGAGAUUGUACAUCAACCGCUUAUAUAACAGAGGAUCCUGGAUGCAUUAUACACGGAUACAAAGAAAGAAAUUACUGUGAAUGUUAGUUUAAAUCACUUUUAAGUUAACCGUAUGAGAUUAUAUGUUAUGGUUCAAGAAUGGACACGUUUCGAAGACUAUUGUUCCUGUCGUCAUAGCCGUGUUGAUUCCGUUCCUGUUUCAGACUCUAGGGACAAUUCUAUUUACAUAAAACAGUUGUCGUGUUUACGAUUUCAUUCCAUUCGACGAUCGAGCGACGAUGAUCCAACUUCGGCUAUUCUACUAAAUUCAUCGGUUAUGAUGCGAUCCCGAUUAUUUACCGAUCCAACUUCGACCGAACCUAUAACUACGACUAACGAUGUUAGUCGAAUAGAAAGGCGGCUGAUGCUUACGUUUUGAUAAAGUGAUAAUUUUUUGAUAAAGUGUUAUUAGAAUUGGAUCCUAUUUGUGCUAUUAUGUGAGAAUUGGCUUCCUCUUAUUCGUGAAAUUUUGAAAAACGACGUAUGUUACGCUAUUUAAACGUGUGUCACGAAAAUGUUAUAUUAUUAUACUUAGUUAAUGUUUAAUAUCAGUUUUUGAUAUCUCAUGGUUGUGUUCAGCAAUAAUUUAUAGAAUAACUAUGCAGAGAUGUUUAAUUAAAUAAUGUGAAACUGAAAUAGAUAA